GGGUCCUCCUCACUGUGUGUGCAUUCUCUUCCUCUGGCUCAUUAUUCUGUUCCUCACACAUUAACUCACUCAUAAAAGGAAGGGGGCCAGAAGGUCCCUCAGCAAGAGAAGAGAAAGAUAAAGAGAUCUGUUUGAACCAAAGAGACAGUGUAAUCAAAGGGAAGUUGGUCAGGGUGUUCUUGGGGUCUCAACAGUCUUCAGCACAACGGUCUUCAGCACAACGCUCAGUGCAGUACUACAGGACUUCUGAAUGGAGAUGGAGCAGCAAGACGUAAAGGCGGAUCGCCUGGAGCGCCCAGAUCCACUCUUGGACUCAGAGAGGGAGAUGAUCCAGGAUACCUGGGCCAAAGUCUACCAGAACUGCGAUGAUGCCGGUGUGGCAAUUCUGAUCAGACUCUUUGUGAACUUCCCCUCCUCUAAGCAGUACUUCAGCCAGUUCAAGCAGGUGGAGGACCCUGAGGAGCUGGAGAAAAGUGCCCAGCUCAGGAAACAUGCUCGCCGGGUAAUGAAUGCCAUCAACACUCUAGUGGAGAACCUGCAUGAUGGGGAGAAGGUCGUUUCUGUGUUGAAGCUGGUGGGCAAAGCCCAUGCACUCAGACACAAGGUGGAGCCUGUUUACUUCAAGAUCCUGAGUGGGGUGAUUUUGGAGGUGCUCGGUGAAGACUUUUCAGACCACUUUACUCCAGAGGUUGUGGGGGCGUGGACCAAGCUGCUUGAUGCCAUCUACUGGCAUGUUGUGGGCGUGUAUGAGGAGGUGGGCUGGGUCUCCAGCUCUGCUGUGUGAACCAUCAGCUAAUCUAGGUCUAAGUGAACGUCUCUUAUCAUGGACUAAACUGCUAGAUGGCCUUGGCUUACCGAUCUGUCUGACCAUUCAAGGGAAGAAAUGUAUCUUUCCAGAGCUUGUGGAAACUUCUUAUGUGUCCCCAUGGCUCCUUCCCUGUAUCUUUCCCAUGCCCCACUGUAGGGUAUGUUCUCUGAAGGAUUGUCUUGUGAAUGAUGGGGUGGUGGUUUCUGUUUUACAGCUUCGAUAGUGUGUGGAUUAUGCUGGAGAUCAGUCUGCUGCAGUUACGUUGCCAAGAGAUUGUGUUGAAGAAUGAGGACUGGCAGAAAUUACACCUGUAUAUUAUAUUAGAGCGAGUCACUUACAUUCUCCUACACAUGUGUUUAUCUUCACCAAAAACAUACAGGGGAGUGUACUGUACAUCUCCUGCUGGUUAUUCCCUUGUUUAACCUGGGUCGUGCCUUUCUAUAUCCCUGGAACUGGCAUCAAGGCCUUCAAAAAUUCUAAUGGUUUGCCAGUGUUCCCUGUACAGUAUAAUGUACAUGAGACUAAGUCACCCUUUUUAAUCAGCUCCACUUCACUUGCUCACCUCUGACUGAUAUGACAAGAGAAAAAGUCUAAUCUCUGAGGAUUCCACAUGUUAGUGUACAUCCAUUAUUUCCUGUGUCUGUAUAUUAACAUCAUUAAACCAAACUAAUAUGAUACUGAAUGUUUACAAUGGACAUUGUGAUCAUAUUCAUCAUCCUCUGACUCCCAUUAUUCAAUUGAAUGCUAAUUUCAUGUGUAUCAGAUUCCUCGUUUUGUAUUUCUCUGUGAAGUACUAUCACUGUCUCACCUUCUGCAAUGGAUUACAGCAGUAGAUGAGUCAGCAGUUCUCUAGAUAGUUAGAUUAGCAGUAGGCCUGAGAGUAUUUAUACCUUCCAUCAUGUCACAAGAACCUCAGAGAGAGUUAUGCAUAAGAAGUUGACUAGAUUCAGAACUGAACAUGACCGUUUGCUGUGGGAACACAAUUGCAAAUCCACUUAUCCAUGUUGCCUUGUAUUCCAAAAUCAACAGAAUCAUAUAAUGAACAUUGUUUUUUUUUAAAGUAGACUUCAAAAAUAAUUAGUAUGGAAAAGAAAAAGAUAUAGAAAUAACAGACAGAAACAAAUAUGAUUGGCCAAUAAAACUUGAUGUGGUACACACAAAAAAGACAAAUAUUUGUAAUAAUAUGUGAAUUUUCAUUUCUAUUGAAAUAUUAUUUACAUUAAUGCUGAAUCUGAUAUAGAACAACAUGACUUACACAUGAAAAAAAAUAUUUCUGUAACACAAAUAUGCUUUGUUCCCGAGAUUAAUGCUUUCCUUAUCUAAUAUAUUUUAUAAAUUAUCUUGCAAGUUCAAGCAGGUUCAAGAUCUGGAGUAGCAUAAUUCUUUAUUUAAUAUUGGCUAAACUCCCUGUACUAUCAAAGCAACAAACACUACAAAAAAAAAACAUGAAUUCUGACUAAGUGUGAGAGUGUGGUGAUAUUUCAAAUCGGGGUCCUUUAAUGCUAGCUUGACCCAUACCAUUCCCUUACAUGAAUUGUCACUGCGUAUGCUGCUCCUGUUAAGCCUGCUGGAGGUGGCAGAUUGAGAGGUUGAACCAAGGCCACAAACAUGACUGAAUAUUGUGUUUACCUCCUGCCCCUGCAACGGGGCAAAACCCGUCACCUGAUCUGGCCUAAUCCCACAGGCUAAUCUGGCCACUAGCAAGAAAUCCACAGGAAUAGUCUUACCGUACAUUCUACUCUCUAAGGGGUUAGAAUGGUUCCAGUGUUCUAACCCAACAGCAGUCCGAUACGUGAUUGGACCAUGUGCACCACUACUAUGGUCCUCACCACAAUUGCCGUCAUCCUGUACAGAAGGUUCUCAAACCGAGUUGAACCUCACAAUGUUGAUGAUACCACUGAGAAAGAGGUGCCCUACAAAAAGAGCAAUGGAGUGGACCCCAAGCAAUGACAGACCUCACAGCUGACACACCUUGACAAUCUACCUACAUGAACAGAAGACAGGUCGUCUCAUUGAUGACCACACAUCUGUGUAGUCAGACGAGGCGAAAUCCUUUAACCUAUACAAAUAACAGCAGCAGCUCCAACUCUGUCAUCUGGUGUUGAUGCAUCUGGCACCAUUAUCUCUCCAGUGAUCAGAGACUGAUGAAAAGCAUGAGGAGUUAAUAAGCGGUCAGACCAGGCCUGCACCGCAAGGCCAUCUUUGAUCACAUCUUCAAUCCCCCAUCUGUCCCGCAGAUCCCUCUAAUAUUAUUUCUGCGGCGGAAAGCCCCACCAGGCCUUCAUCUUUGUGAUUGGGAAUUUCCGGGAAUGAAAACUCAAUCAAACACAUUUUAGUGCAGCUGAAUCUACAACAUCUGAUUAUUGGGUGUUUAUUUUUUUGUGUGUUUAGACAUUUUAUCAAAUGCUUUGAAAAGUGUUCUGUGCCUCAACAAACAGCUACAAUUCUUUGGAAGUCGUGUUUUUUAUGUCUUUGAGAAAAGAGGUCAUCUGGUUUGUGGAGAACUUUAGUAACUUUUUAAGAUAGAUAUUUAAGGGUAGUCUAUUUUUUUGUAAACUUUCACAUUCUUAAAGUGGCCUAUAUAUUAGCGCAGCCAGUUCAGGCAGGAAACCCGAUUGGUCAUUGUUCAGCGGUGUCAGCUGAUGCCAGGGAUUGCUCCAAUCACAGCAUCACAUUUUAUACUGACUAUUUAAUCGUCAGGUUACUCAGUCUGUGUGCUGGUCUUGCUAGCAUGCGGAUGCUAACCCACCCACCACCCCAGCCUCCACCUGUUUGGUUCUGUGACCUUUUCAUGGUUAGGAUCGGUACUGCGUACCUUGCUCAUUGUUUAUGGGGAUGGCUGUUAACAAUAUUAUGGUGUUGAUAUCAUUGUUAGUGGUGCAGUGUAUGUGGUCAUGUGAUGGCAGUAAGUUACCCCAGAGGAACAGAACCUAAUGUCCAGACAUGUGAAGUAUUGUUGUACAUGUCUCCAAUAAAUUGUUAAACAAAUACAUGGUG